AUGCUGUCCAGAGGCAAUGUAGCUCCAGGGGAAUGGAUGCUACAUCCUCAAACGGUUCUGAAAAUCUGGUCUGUCUGGAAGGCAGAGGUCAACCUCUUCGCCUCAGAAGACAACUCUUACUGCCCCACUUAUUUCUCAAUACAGCGAGACGCUCUGGCCCACGACUGGCCCAAUCCUCACCUUUUGGACCUGGCCUCAUGUGACGUGUACCACGUGCUAACGUUUUUGCAAGAGCCGAUGGAUAACGGGCAUGCCCCUUCCACGCUCAAAGUAUAUGUGGCAGCUAUCGCAGCGAAGCAUCGCAGCGAUCUGAUCUUUAAGUUCUUGAAGGGUGUCCAGAGGCUGAACACUCCUCGUCCUCAGACGGUGCCGUCACGGGACUUGUUAACAGUCCUGAAGGCCCUGCGAGGCCACCCUUUCGAGCUGCUUAAAUGUAAUACAGUUGAUGCUUUUAUUCACCACAGCUUAAACUUGCGCGAGUUUAAAUUUGCUCAGACGCUGAUUUUUGCCAUUGAGGAGAUUAAUAACAGCACACAGUUGUUGCCUGGUAUUUCUUUGGGCUAUAAGAUAUAUGACUCAUGUCGCUCUUUCACUCAAACAAUCCUCUCAGGCAUGGCUUUGAUGAACGGUUAUGAAGACACUUUGAGUGAUACAUCCUGCCGUAGACCACCAGCUGUUCAUGCCAUUGUUGGAGAUUCAGCAUCCUCAUCCACCAUUGGCUUGGCAUCUGUCGUUGGUCCAUUCAGCUUACCUGUUAUCAGUCAUUUUGCCACAUGUGCAUGCUUGAGUGACAGAAAAAGGUAUCCAUCCUUCUUCAGAACAAUAUCCAGUGAUUAUUACCAAAGCAGAGCUCUGGCUCAGCUUGUCAAGAACUUUGGCUGGACCUGGGUUGGGACAGUUAGGAGUCGCAAUGACUAUGGUAAUAAUGGAAUUGCAGUAUUUGAGGAGGCUGCAAAAGAAGAGGGGGUUUGUAUUGAAUACUCAGAGGCCAUAUUAAACAAUGAUCCACAAGAACAGUUUCUGAAGACACUGGAGGUGAUCAAAAAGGGCACCGCCAGGGUUGUGCUUGCUUUUAUUGCAUUAGGAGAUUUUCUCCCCCUCCUGAAAGUAAUUUUGCAACACAACAUCACAGGGAUACAGUGGGUUGGCAGUGAAUCCUGGAUCACUUCUCGAACUCUUGCAGAAACAAAGGAAUACAGUUUCCUUUCUGGAGCUGUGGGUUUUGCUAUAGCAAAUGCCAAAAUUAUGGGCCUGCGAGAGUUCCUAGUGAAUGUGCACCCUGAUCAAGAACCAAAAAAUGAACUUUUAAAAGAAUUUUGGGAAAUAGUUUUUCAGUGCUCGUUCAGGAAAAUUGGCAGUAAUGGCUGUACUGGUUCAGAGAGACUUGCAGAGCUGCAAAAUGAAUAUACUGACAUAUCAGAGCUACGAAUAGUAAAUAAGGUGUACACUGCAGUGUAUGCCGUCGCAUAUACACUACAUAACAUAUUAAAAGACUUCAGAUCCUCCAGCAACAGCAGCAAAAUAGGAUGGCCUAUACCACAAAUGGUGUUGAAGUAUAUGAGAGAUGUGAGAUUCACUGUUAAAACAGGUGAAGAAAUAUUUUUUGAUGAAAGUGGUGAUCCAGUAGCACGAUAUGACCUUGUUAACUGGCAGCCUGCUGAGGAUGGAAGUAUGCAGUUUGAGCAUGUCGGCCUCUAUGACAGCUCACUGCCUUCAGAACAUCUUCAAGUCAAUCAGGAACACAUACUAUGGGCAGAGAAAAGUGGACAGUUGCCUGUGUCCGUGUGCAGUGAGACCUGCCCCCCCGGCACUAGGAAGGCUGUGCAAAAAGGUCGACCUGUCUGCUGUUAUGACUGUAUUCCAUGUGCAGAAGGAGAAAUCAGUAAUGGCACAGAUUCUAGUGACUGCUUUCCUUGUGAUUUGGAGUACUGGUCGAAUGAAAGGAAAGACAGAUGCGUAUUAAAAGUGGUUGAAUUCCUGUCUUAUACAGAAAUCAUGGGGAUGGUGUUCUGUAUUUUUUCCUUUAUUGGAGUGUUAUUAACAGCAAUGGUAUAUUUUCUGUUUUAUCUUCAUAAAGAAACAUCUAUUGUAAGAGCCAACAACUCAGAAAAAAAAAAGAAGAAGAAGAAGGAAAUGUAUGUACACAGGUUUAAACCUUUUAUGUUGAAGCGAGAAAUCAAGGAUGUGAUCUAUAAGCAUUUGGUGGAGCAGGGAGUUUUGUCGGAGGUGAGUGAAGCAGGUGUUGCAGAUCAGUUGCCAGUUUCCGUGGAUCCUCGUGGUGCAGUGAAGCGAGAAAUCAAGGAUGUGAUCUAUAAGCAUUUGGUGGAGCAGGGAGUUUUGUCGGAGGUGACUGAAGCGGGUGUUGCAGAUCAGUUGCCAGUUUCCGUGGUAUCACUGAGUGAAGCCCAGUCUGAGUUGCAGCAUAUUCGCAUCCUCCGUGAUACUGGCGCUGCCCGAUCGUUUAUCCUACAAAGUGUGUUGCCAUUCUCUGAACAGUCAAGCUGUGGUUCCAAUGUGCUGGUGCAAGCCGCUGUUGAGCUGACUGAUUUGUCAGACCAUCCAGUGGCAUACUACUUUGAGGAUGAUGUAUUGAUGCUAUCACUGAGUGAAGCCCAGUCUGAGUUGCAGCAUAUUCGCAUCCUCCGUGAUACUGGCGCUGCCCGAUCGUUUAUCCUACAAAGUGUGUUGCCAUUCUCUGAACAGUCAAGCUGUGGUUCCAAUGUGCUGGUGCAAGCCGCUGUUGAGCUGACUGAUUUGUCAGACCAUCCAGUGGCAUACUACUUUGAGGAUGAUACUGGAGAUAAAGUUCUCAUCUUACUUCCAGUGCCAGGUUCAGCACUCCAAGCUAAGUUCACUGGUCCUUACGACAUAAAGGAGAAACUAGGAGACACUGACUAUGUAGUUGAUACCCCUGACCGCAGAAGAAAGUCACGCCGACUGAUGUCCAUAGUGUUGUCUGAUGUGUCCAAUUGUGAGGCCUUUUUGGAUGAUGUGGUGUGCUAUGCUGAUACUUGGGAAGACCAUCUCUAA